UUUCUCACGUCGAAAUUAACACCACAGGGAAGGGUCGCAAGACAUAUUGUGCAUCGCUUACACGGAACAGUGCGAGAUGUUGGCGGCAGGGAUUUCUGACGGAACGGUAAGGUUGUUCAGAGCCAAUUCGGGCCAGUAUGUAACGGCUCUCAGGGACGCCGAAAUGCGCCAGUACCCUGGACCUACAACUGCAAUAAAACACCGACCCGUCAAUAGAUCUUAUCCGAUUACACAAACGCUCACGGCAACAUAUGCUACAGGCUGCGUGAAGUGCUGGCACUAUCCGACUGGGCAGUGCCUUUACACCAUAAGAGAACGAAGGCAGACAUUAGGUCUGGGGUACCAUCCGUUUCUUCCAAAGUUUGUGACCGUUGGUGACGAUACAAAUAUCUACCUUUACGACGAAGAAACCAAAAUACAGGAACGGGUAUUUCAUGCCAGCAAUGCACCCGACAUGAUGAACGGACAUACUUCGCGUGUAUUUUGUGCGUGUUUCAACCCGAAAUCAGCACACGAACUAAUCAGCGGUGGAUGGGACGACACCGUACAAUUCUGGGAUACCAGGCAGCCCUAUGCUACUCGGCAUAUUUCCGGAGUUCAUAUGUGCGGCGAUGGCAUCGAUAUCAGCAGAACUGGGAAGGAGAUUUUAACUUGCGCAUGGCAACGCAAAAACUCUCUCCAACUAUGGGACUAUGGUUCGGGAAAAUUGAUGGUCACCAUCGAACCAGAUGUUUUUAGUUCUCAGCUGUACUGCGGAAAAUAUAUAAAUAAUCUGUUGAUUAUUUGCGGUGGUGGGGUGACCAAUCUUCUAAGGGUUGUUGAUUUGCGUUCGCAUACGACUGUAGGAUCAAUAAGAAAUCUAUCUGGUGCGGUUUUUGAUUUGGCAAUCGGACCUACAAGGAGCACUAAACGCUCGAAGAUAAAUGAUAUGCCACUUUUACCAAGGAUGGCCUUUUGCUUCGCAAACAAAAUGUAUGAAAUUGAUGUUGGAUAAUAAAUUAUUACCCUGAACUAGUGUCAACUUACACGCCAAUGAGGUGGUGAGAAAAAAGCGAAAAACAGAACUUGCAACAAAAAUUGUUCGCCCGAUAAGAUUCCAUUUUGAAAUAUGACAAGAUAAAUAUUCUGUUAUUUAUAACUGUAAUGAUGUGUUAAGCGAGUAUCACUUCAGUUCAUCGAUCAUUCUCCAAGUAGAUAAAACUGAAAAAAAAUAACCUUUUAAAACUGCGGAUUAGCAAAAUACUGAGUAGAACUAUGUUACACGGACCUUCUUGUAAAAUCGAUAUCAUAACGAGUACAAACGCUUAUCAAAAUACUGGUAAUUAUUUCUAUAUAUAUA